UCCCAACUUUUCUGUGGACCGUGAACACAUCGUUAGCGUUAGCCACAGCCAGCACAAUGAUGAUGAUGCAGUUAGCUUUGAGUAAAACUUUCGGCCAAAAGCCUGUUAAAUUUCAGCUGGAGCCAGAUGGAGACUUUUACAUGGUUGGGUCGGAGGUUGGGAAUUAUCUACGAAUGUUCAGAGGUUCUCUGUACAAAAGAUAUCCAUCAUUAUGGAGGAGGCUGGCGUCAGUUGAGGAGAGGAAGAAAAUUAUGGCAUCAUCACAUGCCACUAGUGUUACUCUGCUGAAGGCAUCAGAAUGUGAAGAGAUCUUUGAGGGUAAUGAUGAGAAAUACAAAGCAGUGUCCAUCAGCACCGAGCCCCCAACUUACCUCAGGGAGCAAAAAGCAAAGCGGAGCAGUCAGUGGGUCCCCACGCUGCCAAACAGCUCUCACCAUCUGGAUGCUGUGCCUUGCUCCACCACUAUCAACCGCAACCGAAUGGGACGUGACAAGAAGCGGACCUUUCCCCUGUGCUUUGAUGACCACGACCCUGCAGUGAUCCAUGAGAACGCAUCACAGAUAGAGGCGCUGGUCCCCAUUCGUCUGGAUAUGGAGAUAGAUGGACAGAAGCUCCGAGACGCCUUCACAUGGAACAUGAAUGAGAAACUGAUGACACCGGAGAUGUUUGCAGAGAUUUUGUGUGAUGACCUAGAUCUGAAUCCUUUGGCUUUUGUCCCUGCCAUUGCCUCAGCCAUUCGUCAACAGAUUGAAUCCUACCCCACUGACAGCAUACUGGAUGAGCAGGCAGACCAGAGAGUCAUCAUCAAGCUAAACAUCCAUGUGGGUAACAUCUCACUGGUGGAUCAAUUUGAGUGGGACAUGUCAGAGAGGGAGAACUCCCCCGAGUCAUUUGCAUUGAAGCUUUGUUCUGAGCUCGGCCUGGGUGGAGAGUUUGUCACCAUGAUUGCCUACAGCAUUCGCGGUCAGCUCAGCUGGCACCAGAGGACAUACGCCUUCAGCGAGAACCCACUUCCUACAGUAGAGAUUGCUAUUCGUAACACAGGCGAUGCAGACCAGUGGUGCCCCCUGCUGGAGACCCUUACAGACGCUGAAAUGGAGAAGAAGAUUCGAGAUCAGGACAGGAAUACGAGGCGCAUGAGGCGACUGGCCAACACCGCUCCUUCCUGGUAGAAAGCGAGUGAUGAUUCUUUCUCUGGAGAUUCCUGUCACAUAACUGGGAUCCUUGCAUCCUCUGCACAGGUCACCCACAACACAACCAUUAAGCAUCUGGACAUUCCUGGAAGCCAAAAGUGCACACAGCCUUUUUUCCUUAAACAUACAUUCCACCAACAUUCACGGAGAUGUUACUGGAUUCAUUCACCUCAGUGAAGGCCCAAUCUGGAGAGGAUUUAUGAAACUGUGGACAUCUCCAGGGGCUGUACUUAUAAUUUCAGGACACAGUUUUAUCUGUAGCACAGGACUUUGCUUCGUAAAAUUAUGAGCAUGUUUCUCUUUCUUUUUUUUAA